AUGGAGGAAUCUCAAGUUAAAGCGUUUUACAGUGGAAAGAACUUAUUUAUAACUGGCGGCACUGGAUUUGUUGGUUUGUGUUUGAUUGAGAAAAUAUUAAGAACGAUUCCGGAUAUCGGUAAAAUAUAUUUGUUGAUGAGACCUAAGAAAGGUAAAGAAAUAGCUGAUAGAUUACAAGAAUUUCCUGCGAAUCCUGUGUUUGAGCAUCUUCUUGAAAAUACUUCAAAGGAUAUAUUUAACAAACUUAUCCCAAUAUCCGGUGAUGUUGGUGCAGAACAUCUCGGAAUCAAUGAGAGCGAUCGUGACUUACUCAUAAAUGAAGUCAAUGUAGUCAUACAUUCAGCUGCUACCCUCGAUUUUGAGGAGAAUCUUCGUCCAACGGUCAAAAUUAAUGUACUCGGAACCAGAUAUGUCAUGGAUUUAUGCCGGCAAAUUAAAAAUCUCAAGGUUAUGAUACAUGUCUCCUCGGCUUAUGUGAAUUCAUACUUGAAAGAGGUUGAUGAAAAAGUGUAUGACAGGCCGGCCGAUCCUGAAAACAUCAUUAAUAUGGUGAACACACUGACCGAUGAUGCUUUAAACGAUGUGGAGAGAUUGAUAUUAAAAAACCAUCCCAAUACAUACACAUUCACUAAACAUUUAGCCGAGCACGAGGUCAAGAAAUGUGAAGCAUUGUUCCCAAUCACUAUAGUACGACCUACAAUGAUUGUGGCAUCUUUGAAGGAACCAGUACCCGGUUGGACUUGCUCAAAAGUCGGCCCACAAGGGUUUUUAAUGGGAGCAGCUAAAGGCGUUGUUCGUCGUUUGCCGCUAGCAAAAGAAAAUAUAGCUGAUUAUAUACCAGUAGACAUAGUUGUGAAUCAAUUAUUAGUGGCUGGAUGGAAUGCAGCUAAGGAAAAUUCCGGUCUACAAGUAUAUCAUUGUUCCACCUCAACUCAAAAUCCAUUCCGUUGGUCAAUAUUAGAGCCAGUUGUAAACAAAAUAUUAACUAACUACCCAUUGAAGAGCGCCGUAUGGUAUCCUCACUUAGCGUUUGUGAGAUCAUUAUGGCUUUUCCGUUUGUCAGCGAUCUUCAUACACUUCUUCCCAGCCAUUCUAUUGGAUAUGUUGUUAAGAAUAACUGGAGGAAAACCUAUAUUGUUCCGGCUCCACAAAAACGUUUGGAAUUCACUGAGUCGUCUCGAAGUGUUUAUUUUCACCGAGUGGAAAUUCAAUAAUCUGAGAACAAGGGAACUAUCAAAAAUGAUGAAUAAAAAGGACGUUGAACUAUUUGAUAUUGAUGUAUCAAAGAUAUAUUGGGAAGAAUAUUUUGUGAAAUUACAUCUCGGUGUGAGGAGAUACUUGAACAAGGAAACAGAAAAGACAUUACCAGCGGCCAAAACUAAAAAUAAUAUCCUGUACUACGUGCAUAUUAUCUGGCAAGUGAUGAUUUUGGGUUUUUUAUGGAUUAUAAUAUCAUUGGUUAGUGGAAUGGGUCUAACCCAAAUAUCAUGGGUUAUACCCGUCAUGUACCUGUUAUACAGCAUGCUAUAA